CUUCUUUCAGAUCAGGAGAAAAGCGUUUCAAGGCACAAACGGAGUGUUUCAUCUGCGAAUUCACCUUCCACGCCACAAAUAGCAACCUCUGAUGUACAGCGACUCAUUAGAGAAGAGUUCAGCCAGCUGCAGGACCAAAUGUGUGCUAAAGAUCACGUGUCAUGCCGAGCAGGACCAAAAGGGAUCCCAGGCCUCCGCGGAAGACCUGGCCUGCCUGGAAGACCAGGGAGACCUGGACCCCAUGGGCCCCCGGGUAAGCACGGCCCCGUGGGACCUCAAGGACCAAUCGGGUUAAAGGGAGAUCUGGGAGUACCAGGGGAUAUAGGACCCCCUGGCCCUAGAGGUCCCCAGGGAGCCAAGGGCGAGAGGGGCAAGACUGUCUCAGCUCCUUUUCUUCAGGAGCCUCUCGCUGGAAUGACAGUCAAUGAAGGACAAACAGCAUUACUGAAAUGUACAGCAGAUGGUCAUCCACCUCCACGGAUCACGUGGUCCAAGAUAAAUUCGCCACUUCCGGUUGGGCGUCACGUGGUAGAGUCAAGUGGCGCUCUGAUUAUAAAGAACGUGAAAUCAGAAGACGAUGGAGUUUACAGCUGCAGAGCGGAAAACCUGCUGGGAAGUGUGAGCGCUUCAGCAAAGUUAACAGUGCAAUUUGCUCCUCGGGUUUCAAUCUCCUCCAAUCAGCUGAUGGCUGAGGAAGGACAAACUAUUAACAUCGCUUGUAGUACAAUUGGUCAGCCGCCAACAACUAUUACGUGGUCUAAAUCGAUCGGUAGUUUACCUGAUAGAACAACCGUAAACAACGGUGCCUUGAAAAUCAACAACUUGUUAAGAAAGGACGGUGGAACAUAUAUCUGUAAAGCACAGAAUAUUCUGGGAACAACAGAGGACAAUAUUCAACUGGUGAUAUUCUCUCGUUUGCGAUUUAAAGUUCGUCCUCCAGCACAUCUGACAGCUCUGAUUGGGUAUCCUGUGCAACUACCUUGUGUGGCAGAGAGUAGCCUGAAACCAACAGUAACGUGGAUGAAGGAUGGAAAGCCGUCACUUCCUGUAGACUCCAGUAUUCUUCAAGACAACACACUUGUCAUUUCCAGAAUCAAAAAAUCACACGAGGGAUCUUACACCUGUAAAGCGACCAAUGCUUUAUCUUCUAUACAAGCAAGUGCUCAGGUUCAAUCCAAGUCCCCUUCUUCCUGCUCUGAGAUACUAAAAUACUACAGCAGUUCUAGUGGAAAUUACGUCAUUGAUCCAGACGGCGCGGGUGGCCUCACGCCGUUCACAGUCUAUUGUGACAUGAGUGAUAAGAAUGGUGUUGGUGUGACAGUGGUUAGUCACGACAGUGAAAGCAGAACAUUGGUGGAUGGAUAUGAUGAUGAAGGUGAAUACUCGCACAGCAUUCGUUACUCGGGAGCAAGUCUAUCUCAGCUGGCCAGUCUUACUGAUGUCUCUUUACACUGUGAACAGUUCAUUAAAUAUGAGUGUUAUGGAUCUAUGUUAAUGUAUAGUUCCUACGGCUGGUGGGUGUCACGUGAUUCUAGUAAGAUGUUGUACUGGGGCGGGGCGUCGCCUGGAAGUAGAAAAUGCGCAUGCGGAAUGACCAACUCGUCCGCAAACCACGGUGAAGCGUGCAACUGUGACAGGAAUGACGAAAUAUGGCGCGAAGACAGCGGUCUUCUCACUGAUAAGUCAACACUUCCGGUAAAAGAGCUCAGGUUUGGAGAUACAGGAGUAUUCAAAGGUGUUGACGAAAAGGGUUACCACACACUGGGAAAACUGAGGUGCUAUGGUAUAGCCCACAAGUAGAAUACGAUAACAAUAACUUUGAUUUGACAGGGCUGAAGAUCAGUGAGUCGCUUGGAAUUCUCUUUGAUAAUGUUAGGCGGAACCAAAGAAAGAAAAUGAUUGUAUUCGGUGAAAAUUCCUGUUGUUUCUCCCAGAAUCCUAAAAAUCAUAUAAAGCAGCCAUAAGGUUUUUAAUUUGAUGUUAAACAGGAGAAUAAAAUCAACAUACCUGCAGUCCAAAAAAGGUGAACCAAUCCCUAAUUACAUAA